UUCUCGUCAUCGUGCGUGCGUACGUGCGCGCACGUGUGCGUCUCCGUGUGUGUGUGGGUCGACGCGAUACACGCCGAGGCGACUCCGCGGCAGGAACAGGACGCGCGUCAUCCUGUCAACGAGAUGGACGUUGAACGAUCGCUCGAUUAGCGCAACCUGGAGAAAUUCACCGUAUGUAUGUAUAUAUAUACGUAUAUGGUCCCCCCGGCGUUAUCUCCGUCCGGCUUUAAUCCAACGCCCGUAAUCGAGAUCGAUGAUGGCCGGCAAGAGGUGUCGUCGCCCGAGGCGAUGUCCACCCAAGCCUCCAAGCAGACAUCGUGCCUCCGCAAGCCCACGGUGCAACACGUUUAUCGAGUGCGCGGGAUGCGACCAGACGCAGAGUUCUCCGUGGGUGGAACCGGAGAGGGCGAGCCGCAGAGUUCCAUAAAAAGCGGAGAUGACACCGAACAAGGUGGUCAAAACUUCGGUACCGUAUUCUACUCUUCCUAA